AUGGACGGACGCAAUAGCUUCGAAAAUGACGCCACGGUUCAGCGACCGGCAGCAACACCGACACCAGCACCAGCACCAGCACCAGCGAGAAAAAAAGUGCUCAAGAGGACGAUACACCGCAUCCACAAACGCCUCUCACACGUCCACUCGCGCAUCCCAUACCUGCGGUCUCUCCCACUCGCAGCCAUCCUGAUCAUAGCGCUGCUGAUUUUAGUCAACCUGGUCAUCUGGGCAAUAUGCGGUCUCAUCCUCACCAGCCACACACACCUCCUCUCGACGGCGGCGUUGGCGUACACACUGGGUCUCCGCCACGCCCUUGAUGCCGACCACAUCUCGGCCAUCGACCUGAUGACACGGCGCCUGAUAGCAACAGGCCAGCGGCCGGUCACGGUCGGCACGUUCUUCUCUCUGGGCCACAGCACAAUCGUGGUCGUGACGUCCAUAGUGGUCGCGGCCACUGCGGCCGGCGUGUCGUCUCGCUUCGGCUCCUUCAGCACCGUCGGCGGAAUCAUCGGCACGUCGGUCUCGGCUGCGUUCCUCAUCCUUCUGGGUGUCAUGAACGCGUACAUUCUCUACAAGCUCAUCGUGCAGAUGCGCAAGAUCAUCCGCCUGCAGCCGGGCACCCACGAGGCCGCCGAGGCAUGGAACGUCGAAGGCGGCGGGUGUCUCUUCCGCACGCUCAAAAAGGCCUUCAAACUCAUCAACCGCCCCUGGAAAAUGUACCCCCUUGGCGUCCUGUUCGGCCUGGGCUUCGACACGAGUUCCGAGAUCGCGCUGCUGGGCAUCUCCAGCAUCCAGGGCUCAAGCGGGACGAGUCUCUGGCUCAUUCUGGUUUUCCCCGUCUUGUUCACCGCGGGAAUGUGUCUUGUCGACACCAUCGACGGAGCGUUGAUGAUGAGUCUCUACGUCGCGCCGAUGGGUAUGGGCGGCAGCGGCGGCGAUGACGACAAGAAAGACCGCGACGACGUGGACGAAGUUGACCAGGUUGGAAUGGUCUCUGAGGGGCCCCUCGCGGUCCGCGGUGGUGGCAGCGAACAAGAUGACGAUGUCGAGCAACAGCGGCAGCAGCAGCAGCAGCAGGAUGCACAUGGCAAUAAACACAGCAAGAGGAACGGAGAUGUGGCGAUCCGCGUCAAGAAUCCCCUGACGUUUUUAUACUACUCCAUCGUCCUGACCACGUUGACCGUGAUAUGCGCCGUCAUCAUCGGCGUGAUCCAGCUGUUGACCUUGAUACUCAACGUGGCCGAACCAACGGGCAGAUUCUGGGACGGCGUCGAGACCGCCGGAGACAAUUACGAGAUCAUCGGCGGCGCCAUCUGCGGCAGCUUCGUCCUAUUCGGCGGCCUAAGUGUGCUCUGCUACCGCCCGUGGACGAGGUGGGUGGACAGGCAACGCUCGAAGCUGAGAGAGGCAGACGGCGGCGCGGCAGCGACUCCGGCUCAUGGUCAUGGUCACGGUGACGGUGACGGUGACGGUCACGGUCAUCAACGCACCACCCCUUUUACUACCGCUGCAGGAGGAUCCACGGAGUUCAUCGGGUAUACGGACGACGAGAAUCCGCGGGCCGACACCGGCUUGAAACACGGCCAGGCCGAGGAACUGGUCGAGGUUCAGGGGAAAGCGAAGAGCCACCGCGUCACGGUCAAGGCGCACAGUAUUGACGACUACGACGACGGAACACCGACGAGAUCUGGACCAAGUGGAGGGAACACUCGUAUCAAGAAAUAG